AUGGCGGCGGCGGCUGGGCCUGGGGUCUCCGGGGUGCCCGGCGGGCCCGGGCAGGAGCUCGUGCUGGCCUGGAGCACCGUGAGCGCCGCGCUGGUGCCGCCGGCCGCGCUGGUGCCGCCGGCCGCGCUGGGGCUGGCGUCCGCACGGACCGGCGGGGCGGCGGCGCCCACGGAGGAGGAGCUGCGCGGCGCGGUGGAGGUGCUGCGGGCGCACGGGCUGCACGCGGCCCUGGAGGAGUGGUUCGCCGAGCUGCUGCAGAACCACCUGCAGGCCAGCAUCGCGCCCGAGUUCUGGGCCGUCCUGGCCCGGCGCGAGGCCGCGGCCGACGAGCCGCAGGCCCUGCAGCUGCUGCUGGACGCCUUCGGCCUGCUCGAGAGCCGCCUGGACCCCUACCUGCGCAGCCUGGACCUGCUGGAGAAGUGGGCGCGCCUGGGCCUGCUGCCCGGCUCGGGCGCCCAGGGGCUGCGGGGCAGGGUGCACACCAUGCUGCGGGGCGUGUUCUUCUUCUCCACGCCCAGAAGCUUCCAGGACAUGGUGCAGCGGCUCUACGGCCGCUUCCUCCGGGUCUACAUGCAGAGCAAGAGGAAGGGAGACGGCGGCACGGACCCCGAGCUGGAGGGCGAGCUGGACAGCCGCUACGCGCGCCGCCGGUACUACCGGCUGCUGCAGAGCCCGCUGUGCGCCGGCUGCGGCAGCGACAAGUCACAGUGCUGGUGCCGCCGCGCGCUCGAGCAGUUCCAGCGGCUCGGCCAGGUCCUACACAGGCUCAGUUUGUUGGAGCGGGUCUGCGCCGAGGCGGUGACCACCACGCUGCACCAGGUCACCCGCGAGCGCAUGGAGGACCGGUGUCGUGGCGAGUAUGAGCGCUCCUUCCUGCGUGAGUUCCACAAGUGGAUCGAGAGGGUCGUUGGCUGGCUGGGCAAGGUGUUCCUGCAGGAUGGGCCUGCCCGGCCUGCGUCCCCGGACGCUGGGCAAACGCUGCGCCGCUGGCGCUGCCACGUGCAGAGAUUCUUCUACCGCACCUACGCCAGCCUGCGCAUUGAGGAGCUCUUCAGCAUCGUGCGAGACUUCCCGGACUCCCGGCCGGCCAUCGAGGACCUCAAGUACUGCCUGGAGAGGACGGACCUGAGGCAGCAGCUGCUCGUGUCACUCAAGGCGGCCCUGGAGGCCCGGCUGCUGCACCCAGGCGUCAACACAUGUGACAUCAUCACGCUGUACAUCUCAGCCAUCAAGGCGCUACGCGUGCUGGACCCUUCCAUGGUCAUCCUGGAGGUGGCCUGUGAGCCCAUCCGACGCUACCUGAGGACCCGGGAGGACACAGUACGGCAGAUUGUGGCUGGGCUGACCGGGGACUCGGACGGGACUGGGGACCUGGCUGUGGAGCUGUCCAAGACAGACCCAGCCACCCUGGAGACUGGCCAGGACAGCGAGGACGACUCGGGCGAGCCGGAGGACUGGGUGCCUGACCCUGUGGACGCUGAUCCAGGCAAAUCGAGCUCCAAGCGGCGCUCCUCGGACAUCAUCAGCCUCCUGGUUAGCAUCUACGGCAGCAAGGACCUCUUCAUCAACGAGUACCGCUCGCUGCUUGCUGACCGCCUACUGCACCAUUUCAGCUUCAGCCCCGAGCGGGAGAUCCGCAACGUGGAGCUGCUGAAGCUGCGCUUUGGAGAGGCACCCAUGCACUUCUGUGAGGUCAUGCUCAAGGACAUGGCCGACUCUCGCCGCAUCAACGCUAACAUCCGGGAGGAGGACGAGAAGCGGCCCGCGGAGGAGCAGCCCCCUUUCGGGGUCUACGCUGUCAUCCUGUCCAGUGAGUUCUGGCCCCCGUUCAAGGAUGAGAAGCUGGAGGUGCCAGAGGAGGUCAAGGCGGCCCUGGACGCUUACUGCAAGAAGUUCGAGCAGCUCAAGGCCAUGCGGACCCUGAGCUGGAAGCACACCCUAGGCCUGGUGACCAUGGAUGUAGAGCUGGCUGACCGCACCCUGUCCGUGGCCGUGACCCCUGUGCAGGCUGUGAUCCUGCUCUACUUCCAGGACCAAGCCAGCUGGACCCUGGAGGAGCUGAGCAAGGUGGUGAAGAUGCCGGUGGCGCUGCUACGGCGCCGUCUGGCCGUGUGGCUGCAGCAGGGCGUGCUGCGCGAGGAGCCAGCCGGAACUUUCUCCGUGGUGGAGGAGGAGCGGCCGCAGGACCGGGACAACAUGGUGCUCAUCGACAGUGACGACGAGAGCGACUCGGGCAUGGCCUCACAGGCCGACCAGAAGGAGGAGGAGCUGCUGCUCUUUUGGACCUACAUCCAGGCCAUGCUGACCAACCUGGAGAGCCUGUCGCUGGAGCGCAUCUACAGCAUGCUGCGCAUGUUCGUCAUGACGGGGCCCGCGCUGGCCGAGAUCGACCUGCAGGAGCUCCAGAGCUUCCUGCAGAAGAAGGUGCGCGACCAGCAGCUCGUCUACGCCGCCGGCGUCUACCGCCUGCCCAAGACCUGCGGCUAAAAGCCCCACGGCGGUCGGCCCGGCUU